GCAGGAAAGAGCUCUUCGCAGCGCGCCAGCCGGGAAGGGGCCCGUGGCGCUUGCCUUCGGGAGGUCCUCGGGCGGGGUUUUCCGCCAGAGCCGGGCACUGACCCGGAGCCGCGCUCUGCGCCCGGGGGCGGGACGCGGAGACAGCUCCCUCCUCCCCCAGAGUCGCUGCCACCUCCUGGCUGCAUCCAAGCCCAGUGGCUCAGACGCGGCCGCAUCCCUGCGCACGGUAGAGGCGACAAGGAGCCAGAGCGCGCGUCGCGGCUCCGAGCCCGGAAAGGCUGUGCGAGCCCGGUCGCCAGGGCACCUGGGCCAGGCACGACCGGAGCUCCGGGAGCAGCUGGAGGUUGAGGUAUCCUGAAAAGGCACUCAAUCAAGAGAAAUCUAGGAAGCAGGAAAACAUAAAAUUACUGUGACAAAACAGGAGCAGGAAAGAUAGAGGAAAGAAAGUUUUCCAGAGUUUCUUCCUAAACCUGCAUUAGAAAUAACAGCAUAUUUUAAGCUGAGAUUUGCAGGAAGAGAACUAAAACCUGCCACCCAAGGAGAAGCAGAAACUGCCCUGCUUGAUAAGGGGGUGCUGUUUGGCUGGAGGAGCUUUUCUACAGGAGCAGAGGAGGACGAGCACCUGGGCCACAGGCCACCAUGGAUGAUGCCCACCACGAUACCCUUGGGGGUCAGGAGAGCACAAGUGACAGCAGCAAGAAACGCAGCAGCGAAGGAAACCAGCAAGAUGUUGCUAUGAAGACAGAUCCAUCCAAAAUGACCGAUGUGGAGUCUGGGGUCCCCAAUUUUGCGUCUUCAACCCGGGCAGGCCGCCGGAACGCCGUGCCAGAUAUCCAGAGCUCAGCGGCCACGAGCGGAACCUCAGACCUGCCUCUCAAACUGGAAGCUCUCUCUGUGAAGGAAGAUGUCAAAGAGAAAGAUGAAGAAACAACACAAGACCAAUCGGAAAAGCCCCAAGAUGAAGGAAAAUAAAAGCUUAUAAUCUAUCAAGAGUGCUGAUUUUUACACAUUGAAAGACUUAGCAGCUCUGUUUUCCUGAAUGUUUGAUCUGGUGGUAACUAUGGUAACGCUGUAACCCUGAGCAACAUGUGUGUUAGAUAAUUUUGUUGUGACACUACUCACUUGGAUUGCAACAUUGAUGUCAGUGGAGGGUAUUAAAAGGCAGGUCGCUUCCCAAUUGCACCCAAGGAAAAGGUGAAAAAUGCAUGAUCACUUAAAUACUUAUUAGUGUCUAUACACUCGGCAAAAUUCACUGUUUCCUUUUGGAUUUAUUUAAGCAGAUGUAUUUUUAAUUUAAUCUUUGUGGUGAUGGGAAAACCACUUCUCAUUAAAUGUAAGACAAACAACAUUAAUUUAAAACCUUAUGAAAUUUGUAGGAAAUUAUGUUUUUUGAUGAACAGUCAAAGUUCAUAGGAAUAGAAUGUUCUUAAUCAACAGUGUACUAGAUUUCCCCCCAAAUCUUAAAAAAUAUUUGGAAAAAUUGUAAAAAUUUGACAAAAUAAACAUCUCUAGUUUAUUUUUGUCUGAUCCAUUUUGCUUCUAGUCUGUGUAUCCUGUGAUUUUUUGUGUGGUCCUUAAAAUGCAAAAUUCAUGGCAAACUGUUUAUAUGGAAAAUGCCUAUUAAAUGAAUUUUAUUAUCUUCCUUAACUUUGGGGUAUGCCUGUGGCGGGUGUUUUACUUCAAUGUAAAUUAUAUCAAAUGCUUUACUAGUUGUUUUACUCUGCCUUUUCUUAUUUUUAGGGCUUUUGUGUAUGUAUGACUUGUGUCUAAGAUAAUGUGCUCAGGAACACAGACCUUAAUUUUUAUAUCUUUCUAAAGUAGCAUAAUGUAGCAGCAGGUACUUAAAUAUUUUGUCCAUGAUGUCAGUAGAAAUAAGCGAAAUAUAUUCUUUUACUAUAUACUUAAGUAUGUAUUUUAAAAGGAACAAAACCAAAACCAAAGCUUUAGUAAAUUUUAAUUAGGCAUUUGAGAAAAAUAAGAUUCUGAUUUUUUUAAACAUUUGAAUAAUGAAUUUGUUUUCCUUUUUAGGAAUAUAUGCAUGCAGUUAUAUUUUAUCUGAUUGUUACCUUAGGCCACCACUGUAUGUGGUAACCAGAUAAACACUUCCACUAUGAAGGAAAUUUAUUACAGACACAAAUCUUCAUUUUCCCUUCUGAAGUAUGCCAGGUGAAGAACAGUGGUGACACAUUUUAUAGAAUGAAGUUAACAUUCUUUGCAAGAUAAAUCACCUUCUGUUCAUUAUUUUAUGGCCCAAGCUUAACUUUAUACCUUAUAUAUAACAAAAGGGUAGAUUUCAAAGAACUUGAUUGUCUCAAGCUAGCCAUUUUUUAAAUAAAAUAAUGGAAAGUAAUAUAUUAGGUGUAGCAUAAAUUUAAUGUUCAAUAAAAUAUAUUACAGCCAUGAUAAUUCUAUUUCUAAGGGUUCUUUAAUAAGUAUAAAGAAAGGUUAAAAUAGUUUUCAACUGGAGCAGGUGAGAAAUUUUGCCAUGGGAGGGCAGUGGGCAACAUCUGGUGACAUUUUUGCCUGUCCCUCCUGGAGGAGGGAGGCAGGGGAGAAAUGUGCUGCUGGAAUCUAGUGGGCAGAGGCUGCUGAGCAUCUCCUAGCCCUCACAGGCCACUCCUGACAGCAAAGAACUAACCCAGCAUGUGUAUUGACAGUGCCAAGGUUGAGGAGUCCUGCAGGGGAGCUGAACUGUUAAGCACGUGGAGUUUGGAUUCGGUUUCCUGGUUUGAAUUCCGGCCCUGCUUCUCACUAACUGUGUGGUCUUGGGCAAUUUACAUCAUGUCUCUGAGUCUCAGUUUUAUUCCCUGUGGAAUGUUAAUAUUGCUUCAUACUUCCAAGGGUGGGUGGGAGCAGUAAAUGAGAUAAUAUGUGUAAAAAAGUUUAAUCAUGCCUGGAAAAGAAUUAUUAUUCAAUAAAUAGUAG